UUCCGGAAGCGGAAGUGCACUAGCGGUCACCGUUAAUUUGCAAGAUGGCGGCUUUCAAUGUGCUGGUGUAUGCUUGUGGACGGCUGCUCCGAGGGCUCCUGGCUGCUCCAGUCGCGACCUGCUGGGCUCGGCCUCCAGCUCGCGGGUUCAGGGAAGUGGUGGAGAUCCAAGAAGGGAAGACAACUAUAAUUGAAGGCCGGAUGACAGGGACUCCCAAGGAAAGUCCAAACCCCCCUAACCCCACUGGCCAGUGCCCCAUCUGCCGGUGGAACCUGAAACACAAGUAUGGCUAUGAGCCGUUUCCAGGAAAUGGAUUUGGCUGUGUUUAUCCAGCAGAAGAAAUCCAAUCCCCUCCGAGCGGUCUCACGGUCCAAGGGAAGCCUGAGGAUCCAUUCACAUCUGCUCACAGGGGGCUUAAGAAGAUGUGGCAUUCAACUUCCCAACCCUGGUCCCCUCCCACUCGGCUCAUAUGCUGCCUCGCACUUGCAAGGGAAGAGCAUAGGUUGGAGGGGUGGUCUGUGUGUAUUCUGGCCCCAUGGCAUGUAGGCUUUGGGGUAGAAAUGGUACCCAUUUUCCCAGUUUCCCUCUUGUGUGGAAAUCUGUGACGUGCCCCCUAUCUCACCCAAGGAGAAUAACAGACGUUUCAUUACCAGAAAAGAUGCUGCUGGCGCUUGAAAGAUUAAUGCACUUUUUUUUUUUUUUUUUUUUUUUAAGAGCAAGCAGGGGAGGGCAGAGGGAGAGAGAAAAUCUUAAGCAGGCUCCACGCUCAGCACAGAACCCAACAUGGGGCUCAGUCUCACGAACCGUAAGAUCAUGACCUGAGCUGAAUCCAGAGUCCAAUGCCCAACAAAUUGAGCCACCCAGGUGCCCCAAGAUUAACCCUUCUUGAAGAGUUUGUUUUCUAAUCUAUCAAAGAUUCUUAUGGAGGA